CGCGUUUAUUUGACGAGGGAAGUUCGGGAAACGUUCGCUUUCGCAUCAGCUGUGCGUGGAUAUCAUGUUUAUAAACACGUAUGGAAACCAUCGAUCGGGGAAAAGCUUGUUGCUAAACGAGAGUUUAACAACCCAAUGGACAAACACGCCGUGAAAGUAGUGAAGGACGACGAAACGGUCGGCCAUUUGCCUCGCGAAUUCUCUCGAAUAACGUGGUAUUUUCUUGCACGUAGUGGGGAAAUCAGCGUUGAAGUGAUCGGUCGCAGACGACACUGUAAGCAGCUGUGCGGAGGAAUGGAGAUUCCGUGCCAGUUAGAGUUUAACUGCUCAAACAAAGCGCAGAUGAAACGCUUAAAAGAACUACUGGCGAGCAAGAUUCAGGUAUAGAACCUGCAGAUGCAAACAAACGGCUCCUUUAGGAGCCACCACUUCUACUGAAAGCAAUGAUCAACGACAGGUUUCAAUAUGUUUAAUCUUUAUCUACUGAAGGUCUUCAGUUCAAUUUGUGACCCCUACAAGCCAGUUUACUCCCUUUGAGAGCAAUGGUCUCGUGUAUAAGCCGUACCCGCGAUUUUUGACUCAAAAUUUCGGCAAAAAGGUGCGGCUUAUACACGAGUUUUUACGGUAA